CCCUGCAUCCUGUUCUGAAGGCCGGGUCUGAGCGGAGUGGACUGCUGGGCCGUAGCUGUCAGACACGUACCCUGCAGGGAUUUUAGAAGGGAGAUUGCAGCUGGUCCUUGGGAGAAGCAGAGAUGUUACGUGCAUGUUACAUGUUACAAGCGAGAAAGUGCUUGUCUUUGCACUGCCACAGUGUGGUCAUCUAUUGAUUAGGGUUGAUUCCCUCCUCUCCUCUUAGCGCUUGCUGUGCGCCCCGCAGUUGUCGUGCAUUGUCUCACUGCGUCUUCUCAGCCCCGUGAGGUGGGUACGUCUCUCCCCAUUUUACGGAUGAAAAAAAUGAGGCUCAGAUAGAUUAAGGAACUUGCCCAAGGUCAUGCAGCUGGUAAUCUGGGAAGCCUUGAUUUGAAUAUGAUGUCUUUUCUGUAGGACUGUAUUUCUGCGUCUUGCAAAAAUAAAUAUUUGAGGAAAAUGAGAAUAGAUGGAGAGUUUCUUCCUGGGAGUAAAUUCUAAAUUCAUAGGUAGAUAUAGUUUACUUGCCUCUAUUUUUUUUUUUUUUUAGUUACUUUUAAAAGAUGGCUCCUGGCACCUUUACCUUUUUUGCAGUAGGACUGAACAGAGAAAUUUCUCCUCUUAUCAAAAAGAAGACAUAUAUUUGGCAGUAAAGAAUGCUGAUGGCAGAACCGUUUCCCUAAUUUUCAGGUUGUCAAGUUGGUUGCCAUAAUGGAUGAUCAGCAAGCUUUGAACUCAAUCAUGCAAGAUUUGGCUGUUCUUCAUAAGGCCAGUCGACCAGCAUUAUCCUUACAGGAAACCAGAAAAACAAAAUCUUCAUCACCAAAAAAGCAGAAUGAUGUCCGAGUCAAAUUUGAACAUAGAGGAGAAAAAAGAAUCCUUCAGUUCCCCAGACCAGUUAAACUGGAAGAUCUGAGGUCUAAAGCUAAAAUUGCCUUUGGACAGUCUAUGGAUCUACAUUAUACCAAUAACGAGUUGGUAAUUCCAUUAACUACCCAAGAUGACUUGGACAAAGCUGUGGAACUUCUGGAUCGUAGUAUUCAUAUGAAGAGCCUCAAGAUAUUACUUGUAAUAAAUGGGAGUACACAGGCUACUAAUUUAGAACCAUUGCCAUCACUAGAAGAUUUGGAUAACACAGUAUUUGGAGCAGAGAGGAAAAAACGGCUUUCUAUAAUAGGUCCCACUAGUAGAGAUAGAAGCUCCCCUCCCCCGGGAUACAUUCCGGAUGAAUUACACCAGGUUGCCCGGAAUGGGUCAUUCACCAGUAUCAACAGUGAAGGAGAGUUCAUUCCAGAGAGCAUGGACCAAAUGUUGGACCCAUUAUCUUUAAGCAGCCCUGAAAAUUCUGGCUCAGGAAGUUGUCCGUCACUUGAUAGUCCUCUGGAUGGAGAGAGCUAUCCAAAAUCACGAAUGCCUAGGGCACAGAGCUACCCCGAUAAUCAUCAGGAAUUUUCAGACUAUGAUAACCCUAUCUUUGAGAAAUUUGGAAAAGGAGGAACAUAUCCAAGAAGGUAUCAUGUUUCAUAUCACCAUCAAGACUAUAAUGAUGGUCGUAAAACUUUUCCGAGAGCUAGAAGAACCCAGGGGACUAGCUUCCGGUCUCCUGUGAGUUUCAGUCCUACUGAUCACUCUUUAAGCACUAGUAGUGGAAGCAGUAUCUUUACCCCAGAGUAUGAUGAUAGUCGAAUAAGAAGAAGGGGAAGUGACAUAGACAAUCCUACUUUGACUGUAAUGGACAUCAGCCCACCCAGCCGCUCACCUCGUGCUCCAACCAACUGGAGAUUGGGCAAACUGCUUGGCCAGGGAGCCUUUGGCAGGGUCUACCUCUGUUAUGAUGUCGAUACAGGAAGAGAAUUGGCUGUUAAGCAAGUUCAGUUUGACCCUGAUAGCCCUGAGACCAGCAAGGAAGUAAAUGCACUUGAGUGUGAAAUUCAGUUGUUGAAAAACUUGCUGCAUGAGCGAAUUGUUCAGUAUUAUGGCUGUUUGAGGGAUCCCCAGGAAAAAACACUUUCCAUAUUUAUGGAAUAUAUGCCAGGGGGUUCAAUUAAGGACCAAUUAAAAGCAUAUGGAGCUCUUACUGAGAAUGUGACUAGGAAAUACACUCGUCAGAUUCUGGAGGGUGUCCAUUAUUUGCACAGUAAUAUGAUUGUUCAUAGAGAUAUCAAAGGUGCAAAUAUCCUGCGAGAUUCAACAGGCAAUGUCAAACUAGGAGAUUUUGGGGCCAGCAAACGGCUUCAAACCAUCUGUCUUUCAGGGACAGGAAUGAAGUCUGUCACAGGCACACCAUACUGGAUGAGCCCUGAAGUAAUUAGUGGAGAAGGCUAUGGCAGAAAAGCAGAUAUCUGGAGUGUUGGCUGUACUGUGGUAGAAAUGCUAACUGAAAAGCCUCCUUGGGCGGAAUUUGAAGCGAUGGCUGCAAUCUUUAAAAUUGCCACUCAGCCAACAAACCCAAAGCUGCCACCUCAUGUCUCAGACUAUACUCGAGAUUUCCUCAAACGGAUCUUUGUAGAGGCCAAACUGAGACCUUCAGCUGAUGAACUCUUAAGGCACAUGUUUGUGCAUUAUCACUAGCAGCCAGUAACCUCUCCUGUGCCUCUACCCAGCUCCCAUCUAUUCAUUCACCUUCUCUCUGACUGCACUUUUCUUUUUUAUGAAAAAGAGAGAUGGGGGAGAAAAGAAGACAAGAGGGAAAGUGUUUCUCUUGAUUCUUGGUUAAAUUUGCUUAAUAAUAAUAGUAACCUAAAUUUUUUAUAUUUAAUCUUUUUUUCCCUUGCAAGAACUUGAAACUUUUUUUUUUUAAUUUUUAUAAUGUACUGAUGUGGUUCAGAGAGAUAAAGCACUUUAGUACAUAGUCACUCUUUUUAGUACAAAUCAUUUGGAAUACCUAAAGAUUGUAGAGUCUUUCCCUGUGUCACUGACAGAAUGGUGGUGAUGGGGAGACACGAAAAACAAGGAGAAGAAAAUGAUGUAUAAUUUGUAGUUUUUAGUGAUAAUAUUUAAAGUAGAUCCUCAUUUGUGGGGUUGAGCCCUAAACUUGAGUUUAGGGUAGGUACUCAACUUAAAGAAUAUAGGUUCCUUCUCAUAUCUGUAUUCUUUAGAUCCUAACCUCUGUCUACCAAGCUUUUUGCUCAGUAGGAAUCUUGAUAGAAAAUAUGAAUCUCUAAGAGGUAUGUUUAUUUGUUAAUCCUAACCAGUAUAAUAAGCAAAUACACUAUAACAGAUCCAUGUUACUGGAAUCUAUAAACCUUGAGGGAUAGCUUUCUGAUUGAAAAAAAAGAGAUCAAGCAGAUAUGGGAGUCAGUGAGCAAAUCUAAAUUAAAAGACAAAAGGAGAUUGCUCUAAUUAAAUGUGUGAGUAGUAGAAGAGACCACAUUUGCCAGACAACAGAAAUAAUGAAGAACUAAAUGUUGUUUAAUAUAUUUUAAACUAUGUUCAUUACUUGAGGAAAGUCCUAAAAUUAAGGGAAAGGAGAAAUAAUCAAAAUCACGUAUACCAUAUCUUUCGGUUUCCAGCUCCUGAUUCCCCAUAGACAACAUUCUUUAGGAACUAAGAGUUUAACCCAGAGUGUCCAUGUGUUAAAGCUAGUGUCAUGAGAUAAAACCCUUGUUCUCAGGAUCACAGACUACUAAAGCACCUCAAAAAACAGUUAUGAUGUGAAACAGUGGUUCUCAAGGGCGGGGUC